AUGUUAAAAACUAGAUUUUUAAAGAAAUUGAAUGAAAAUAUUUUGUGUGUUUGGAAGAGAUUACAAAGCACGACACCAAAUGAAAAACAGAGCUUCCGUCAAAAGGCUUGGCAUGCGGCACGACAACGCUAUGUUAACUAUGAAUACGUACACUACAGCUCUUUCCUCGAGUACUAUUUGGGACAGCGAAAUAAAUUUGACCAAAUAAAUCAAGCGGUUUUUCCACCACUGGAGGUUUUAAAUGCCUUGCAAAGUGAUGUUGUCUCACCGAAUCCUCCAUCAUAUCCGCCCAAUUGGAUGGAUGACUAUGAGUUCUAUGCUGGCGCAAGCGAUGGGGCGGGCAACAUUGAUUCACAACAUGGAACUGCCGAUGCAACAGUGCCGCCAUCAACGGUGCCCUGCAACGGAUGUGGAGCACAUUUACACUGUGCGAACACCUCUAUGCCUGGUUACAUACCCAGUGAAAUUUUCAAAGGUCGUACAAAGACCGAACUACAGACAAUUACCUGCCAACGCUGUCACUUUCUCAAGAACUAUAAUAUUGCGUUAGAUGUGGAGGUACCGCCGUCGGCCUACGUGGAAACGAUAUCACGAAUACAAGACAAAUAUGCUUUGGCAAUUAUAAUUGUCGAUCUGCUGGACUUCCCGUGCUCCAUUUGGCCGGGCAUGCAACAGGUGAUUGGAAGCAAGCGUCCAGUUUUCCUAGUAGGCAAUAAGGUGGAUUUACUGCCGCGUGACUGCAAUAACUAUCUAACGCACGUGAAGAGCUGCCUCAAACAGCAAUUCAUAGAGCACGGUGGCUUCAAUGCCCUCAAUAUUAAGAAUGUCAGCCUUAUAUCGGCCAAGACGGGCUUCGGCAUUGAGGAACUCAUAACGCAGCUGCACAACGUGUGGGCAUACAAAGGCGACGUCUAUUUGGUGGGCUGCACCAAUGUGGGCAAGAGCUCACUGUUUAAUAUCUUGUUGAACUCGGAUUAUUGUCGCCCCGAGGCCUCAGAGCUGGUGCGGAAGGCGACGACUUGUGCUUGGCCAGGCACAACUCUGCAAAUGCUUAAGUUUCCCAUACUGCGACCGUCCGAUAUACGCAUAUAUCAGCGUUAUAAGCGUCUCUUUGCGGAACGGGAACAACGUGCGGCGUUAGAGAAGAUGCGUCGGGAGCAGGCAAAGGAUACGGGCGCUGUGACGUCGGCUCAACUUAUUGGAACAGUGGGACGCACCUUUAAUAAUCGCCUAGAAGUGGAUGACGCUUUCGCAAUGGCAAGUGGUACGCAACCCAUCGUAUCACUCAAUGAGCGGAAGGCGGAAUAUCGAGAGGCCCGUUGGGUCUAUGACACGCCCGGGGUUAUGCAGCCAGAUCAAUUGACGCCGCUGCUGACGACGCAGGAACUGCUUCAUCUGCAGCCAACAAAAAUGCUAAAGCCUAGAGCUGUUCGCCUGCCAUCCAAAAUGUCCCUGCUAUUGGGAGGUUUGGCCCGUGUGGAUUUGCUAGAAUGCAAUCGGAGCUGGGUAAAACUGUUCGUUUUUGCCGCCGAAACACUGCCGAUUCUGAUAGCUGAUACAUCGGCAGCAGAGCUGGUUUAUAAACGAUAUUUGGGGACACCGCUGUUGGGUGUGCCCAUGUCGAGUGGAGAUGAAACGCGCUUGCAACGCUGGCCGGGAUUGCAGUGCAUGGAAAAGGAUAUUGUUGUCAAGAAUGGCGCGUUGGACAGCAUUGACGAUGGCAAACAACUUAAUUGUGAUAUAGUUCUCAGCUCCGCCGGUUGGCUUGGUCUGCUGAUGCCAGAAAACUCCGAGUGCAUUAUGCGUGUGUGGACGCCACAGGCGGCGGGCAUAUAUGUUAGAAAGCCGGCGUUAAUACCACUGGCUGAGCGUUUGGUAGGCAAACACAUUCGACAUUCACUUGCAUAUAAUACAUCGAAGCCAUUUGUUUUCCAAAAAUAGUUAUUUUUACUAUACCUGUACAUUAAACCAAAUCAAAGUGGAAUAAAUUUAUAGUGUUGUAAAACA